GUUUGUCCUUGCCUCUUCUUUCAAAAGUAGGGCAAAUAUCUAUAGAGUUCCCAGUGGGGAGGUAAUCUAACUUUAACUUUUCUACAGUCAAGUAAAACACCCGAGACCUGUGUUAGGGAUGCAAGCAGGUCGUCUGAAUUAUGAUAUUCAAUCUGGUAUUAUUUUAAUCUGACAUGCCUCUCACGUGCUUCAUUUAGAUUCAUCUUGACCUGAAAACUGUAAUUUCAAUGCCUUUAUCCUUACAGGUGAUUUAUCUUGUUGCAGUAUUUUCUUCUCCUUCAGUAUAAAUAUUUAUUUUAGUAGCGAAACCCUACCCGUGUAGCAGACCGGCACAUUUCAUUGUCUCGGAUCUCCCGAGCACGGUUCUGGGUCCCCUUCGAGCAGCAGCAAUCUCUUGCUUUUGCUCUCCCUCUUGCUAAUUGUGGCGAGAAGAUACCGAAUUAAGACCCGCGGGAGGUGAGAGGAAACACCUCUCCUGCAGCCGCAGACUGCUCCGGAUGAGGCUUUCUUACUCGUUUACAAGACAAUAGCCGAAGAAAUUAAAGAGAGGGGGGGAAAAUGACUGAUCCUACCGUAUGAGAUAAUGGAUGAGCCCGGGAUGACCUGUUUUUUUCCUUGCGGUGGAGCGGUGCUGAAGACAGAGGGCACCAGCGCCCAGCCCACAGCCUUCGCCCCGCCGCCAGCGCGCCAGCUCGGGGCGGCCGGAGAGCCGCCGGUGCCGGCUGCUCCGGGCGGGCACGGAGCCACCGCCUUGCCCGGCCAGCAGGUUAAAAGUCAGUAGGAUGGCGGCUGCCUUGGCACCUUCGAGAGCGAUGCUGUAGGACUUCGCUGUGAUGUUAUUUGGAGCAACUCGGGCGCUGGUGGGGGGAAGCGCAUGCCAUUUCCUACAUGUCCUUAAAGCAUGUGCAGGCAAGAGGAGCCCGUGAAAUUCAUAACCUGGGUUUGGAUGACAUCGUGCAACACCAUGAUUGGCGUGCUGCUGGUCUUUUUCCCUGCUCUGUUCCUGGAGAUGGACGUGCUGCCCAGGAGCGUCGAGCGGAAAGUGCUUCUCUCUGCAGCCUCCUCGCAGCGGUCAGUAGCUCGGAUGGACGGGGAUGUCAUCAUCGGGGCCCUCUUCUCUGUCCAUCACCAGCCGCCGGCUGAGAAAGUGCCCGAGAGGAAGUGCGGGGAAAUCCGGGAGCAGUACGGCAUCCAGAGAGUAGAAGCCAUGUUUCACACUUUGGAUAAAAUUAACGCUGACCCCGUCCUGCUGCCUAACAUUACCCUGGGCAGCGAGAUCCGAGACUCCUGCUGGCACUCCUCGGUGGCCCUGGAGCAGAGCAUAGAGUUUAUACGGGACUCCCUCAUCUCCAUCAGAGACGAUCGGGACGGAGGCACCCGCUGCGUUUCCGACUCGCAGCCCCAGCCCCAGGGCAGAGUGAAAAAGCCCAUCGCGGGGGUCAUCGGCCCCGGCUCUAGCUCGGUCGCUAUCCAAGUCCAAAACCUGCUCCAGCUCUUCGACAUCCCCCAGAUCGCUUACUCUGCCACCAGCAUCGACCUGAGCGACAAAACGCUGUAUAAAUACUUCCUCAGGGUGGUCCCGUCCGACACGCUGCAAGCCAGGGCCAUGCUCGACAUCGUCAAGCGUUACAACUGGACCUACGUCUCCGCCGUCCAUACGGAAGGAAAUUAUGGGGAAAGUGGAAUGGAAGCCUUCAAAGAGCUGGCUGCCCAAGAGGGUCUCUGCAUUGCUCACUCUGACAAGAUCUACAGCAAUGCUGGGGAAAAGAGCUUUGAUCGCCUGCUCCGCAAACUGCGUGAAAGGUUACCCAAGGCUAGAGUGGUGGUUUGCUUCUGCGAGGGAAUGACAGUGAGGGGGAUCCUCAUUGCCAUGAGGCGCCUUGGAGUGCUUGGGGAGUUCCUGCUGAUUGGAAGUGACGGUUGGGCAGACAGAGAUGAAGUCAUUGAAGGUUACGAACCUGAAGCAAAUGGAGGCAUCACUAUCAAACUGCAGUCUCCAGAGGUCUUGUCAUUUGACGACUACUACCUGAAGCUGCGCCUGGACACCAACACCCGCAACCCCUGGUUUCCUGAGUUCUGGCAGCACAGAUUUCAGUGCCGCAUCCCAGGGCACCCACUAGAGAACCCCAACUUCCAGAAGAACUGCACUGGCAAUGAGAGCCUAGAAGAAAACUAUGUGCAGGACAGUAAAAUGGGAUUUGUCAUCAAUGCUAUAUAUGCUAUGGCUCACGGGCUACAAAAUAUGCAUCAUUCCCUUUGCCCUGGACAUGUUGGGCUCUGUGAUGCUAUGAAGCCAAUUGAUGGCAGCAAGCUCUUGGAGUUCCUCCUCAAAUCCUCAUUCAUCGGUGUUUCUGGAGAAGAAGUCUGGUUUGAUGAAAAGGGAGAUGCCCCUGGAAGGUAUGACAUCAUGAACUUGCAAUACAUAGAGCCCAACCGCUAUGACUAUGUCCUCAUUGGGACCUGGCACGAGGGUGUGCUCAACAUUGACGACUACAGGAUUCAGAUGAAUAAGAGUGGAAUGGUCCGAUCGGUGUGCAGUGAGCCUUGCUUGAAGGGCCAGAUUAAGGUGAUCAGGAAAGGAGAAGUGAGCUGCUGCUGGAUUUGCACUGCUUGCAAGGAGAAUGAAUUUGUUCAGGAUGAAUUCACAUGUAAAGCCUGUGAGCUUGGCUGGUGGCCGAAUGCUGACCUGGCAGGCUGUGAACCCAUCCCCGUAAAGUACCUCCAGUGGAGCAAUAUAGAGUCAAUUGUGGCUGUGGUCUUUUCCUGCCUGGGGAUCCUGGUCACCAUGUUUGUCACCCUUAUCUUUGUGCUCUACAGGGACACCCCUGUUGUCAAAUCCUCCAGCCGGGAGCUUUGCUACAUUAUCCUUGCUGGCAUUUUUUUGGGUUAUGUCUGCCCUUUCACCCUUAUAGCUAAACCCACCACAACAUCCUGCUACCUCCAGCGCCUUCUGGUGGGUCUCUCCUCUGCCAUGUGCUAUUCUGCACUUGUGACCAAAACCAACCGCAUUGCACGCAUCCUGGCAGGCAGCAAAAAGAAGAUCUGUACUCGCAAGCCACGUUUCAUGAGUGCAUGGGCCCAAGUGGUCAUUGCCUCCAUUCUGAUCAGUGUACAGCUGACACUGGUGAUCACGCUGAUCAUCCUGGAGCCCCCAAUGCCCAUCCUCUCCUACCCCAGCAUUAAGGAAGUUUACCUUAUCUGCAACACCAGCAACCUGGGUGUCGUGGCUCCUGUGGGCUACAAUGGACUCCUCAUCAUGAGUUGCACGUACUAUGCCUUCAAGACUCGCAAUGUGCCUGCCAAUUUCAAUGAGGCAAAGUACAUUGCAUUCACCAUGUACACCACUUGUAUCAUCUGGCUGGCCUUUGUGCCUAUCUAUUUUGGGAGCAACUACAAGAUCAUCACCACAUGUUUUGCAGUGAGCCUGAGCGUGACAGUGGCACUGGGGUGCAUGUUCACUCCUAAGAUGUACAUCAUCAUAGCCAAGCCUGAGAGGAAUGUCCGCAGUGCCUUCACCACCUCAGAUGUGGUGCGUAUGCAUGUCGGGGAUGGCAAGGCACCUUGCAAGUCCAACACUUUCCUCAACAUAUUCCGGAGAAAGAAGCCAGGGGCUGGAAACCCAAAUUCUAAUGGAAAGUCUGUGUCAUGGUCUGAACCAGGUGGAAGACAAGCUCUCCAAGGAGAACACACUUGGCACAGACUCUCAGUGCAUGUGAAGAACCAGGAAACAGGGUGCAAUCAGACAGCGGUAAUCAAACCCCUCACUAAAAGCUACCAUGGCCAGAGCAAGAGCCUGACUUUUACUGACAUCAGCAGUAAGACUCUGUACAAUGUGGAGGAAGAAGACAGAGAGCCCGUUCGCCUCAACCAGCCCAGCAGCCCCUCCAUGGUGGUGCACAGGCGGGUGGCGACGACCCCUCCACUGCAGGACACGGCAGAGGAGACCCACCUCUUCCUGCCCGAGCAGUCCCCCAAGACCCUGCCUCUGCAGCCACGGUCUCUCAUGGACCAGCUGCAAGGAGUGGUCAACAAGAUUGCCACCGGCAUUCCCGACUUCAAUGCUGUCCUCCCCACGACUGGCUCUGGGAACGGUGUGCGGCCCCCAUACCAGCCCCCUCCACCGCAGCAGCCAUCCCUGUCCCCUUUCCCAGCGGCUGCCUUCAGCGAGGAGGCCCUGUCUCCCCCGGCCGAGGAAGCGGAGAGCGAGAAGCUGAAGCUCAUUCAGGAAUAUGUCUACGAGAAGAACCCAGAGAAGGAAGACAAGGAGCUUGUGACCAGCAAACUGACUCUGGAAGACUCUCCAGCACUGACACCCCCAUCCCCGUUCCGGGAUUCGGUGGUUUCAGGCAGCUCCGUGCCCAGCUCCCCGGUCUCGGAGUCGGUGCUCUGCACACCCCCAGAUGUGACCUAUGCCUCUGUCAUCCUGCGGGAUUAUAAACAAAGCUCGUCCACCCUGUAGACACUGCAAGAGACAAGACGAGAAGGACUUUGGCAGCUGCCCAUUGGGAGGUCCUGGGGAGACAAGUCUCCAAGGGCUGGAGGGAGAAUGCGCAAAGUCACAUAUGACAGGGCAAAAACUUCAUCCUGCACUUAAAUAAUUAAAAGGACACAAAAAGAAAAAA